UGACAGCUCGUACUGAAAGAAGUCAGAGUGUCAUGUGACGCCUUUGACAUCGGUUUGCGUCUUCAUCAUCUAUUUAAAUGGAAUUAAGAAAAAGGAAACAUUCCCAAGUGUGGCAUCAUUUUGAUCUUGUAGCGCCAUAUAAGAUGAUUGCGUCACAUGACAGUCUCGGGUCUACCCCGCAUCUCGCCCGAAGUCAUCUGGGAUAGGCUCCAUUUUGCACCCCGCCUCUCACGCCAAGUCAGCUGGGAUAGGCCCCAUCUCACCCGUGAUCCUGAUGAGGAUAAGCGCCAUAGAAAAUGUAUGGAUGGAUGCACUUGCCCCAGGACAAGGCCUUAACUGCUGAGUUGGUGUCCAGCAGUGUGUCCCGCCUUGCUCGCUUUGACACCGGCCUUCAACACCCAUACUACCACCUGGCUGUCCCUGGUCACAGCCUGAGUGAUGUUUCUGUCCUGUGUAAUUAUUGUCAUCUACAAAAGCUGGAGCUGCCACACAACAGCAUCUCAGAUCUGUCCUGCGUGAGCCACAUGCCUUUCCUCACCAUCUUGGAUGCCUCUCACAACAAGAUCUCCGAUUUCUUUGGCUUCCAGGCCCCUAAGAACCUGAAGGAGGUCAACUUCUCCCACAACUGUCUAACACAAAUGAAGGACUUGUCGGACUACCCAGCUCUGAUGAAGCUAGAUCUAAACCACAACAAACUCACUGAGGUCAUGGGCCUGGAGAAGUGCUGCAAGCUGACCCAUCUCGACCUGGCUUACAACAACAUCUCCAGCAUCAGCAGCCUGGAUGCUGUACCACUCACAGACCUCAACCUGAGAGGGAAUCAACUGAAGGGCACGGAAGGCUUGGAGAACCUGAAGAAUCUGCAGGUUCUUGACUUGGCUAAGAACCACAUCACUAAUCUCUCUGGCCUCCAGAACCUGCACCUGCUGGGCUUCAUCAACCUGGAUGAGAAUGAGAUUAGUGAGACCGAGGAGUGCAAACACAUCCAUGAUCUUCUCCUGCUGAGGGAACUGAAUCUGCUGGGUAACCCUGUACAGGAGCAGCCACAGUACAGGCUCUCAGUGAUCUUUCUCCUCCAGCAUCUGACCAUGUUGGACCAAAAAAUAGUCACUGUUGAGGAAAAGGUUACAUCCAUCAACAAGUACGACCCCCCUAUGGAAGUGGUAGCAGCCAGGGAUCACAUGACCCAGCUGAUGUAUCAGCUGAUGCAGCCCCAGCUACUCUAUGAUAGCACUCUACCCAGUGAUGACGCUCCGUAUCCUAUGCUGGUUCUGACUGGUCCACAAGGCUGCGGGAAAAGGGAACUAGCGCAUCGUCUGUGCCAAGAUUUUGACGAGUACUUUGCAUACGGAAUCGGCCACACCACCAGGGAGCCCUACUUUGGAGAGGAGAACGGAAACGAUUACCAUUUUGUCAAUGAAGAGGAAUUUCAGCAGCUUGUACUAACGGGUGCAUUCCUCCAGACCGUCCAAUAUAGUGGCCAUAGGUACGGCUUGAGCAGGGAAGCCAUCGAAGACGUCGCAAAGGAAGGACUCGCAUGCUGCGUCCACAUGGAGCUUGAAGGUGUGUUGAGUCUGAAGAAGAGCAUCUUUGAACCUCGCUACAUCGUCCUCCUGCCCACUCUGCUUGAGAAGUACAGAAACACCCUGGGAACUAGAAACCUUUAUACGCCAGCCCAGAUUGAAACGGCGGUGUCGCGCAUCGACCUCUACGCCGACUUCAACAGGAAGCGUCCUGGCUUCUUUGAUAACGUCAUUCCCUGCGAUGACCUGAACGAUGCCUACCAGAUGCUGGAGGAGGUGGUGAAGGACUACCUGUUGCUGAACGAUCGGGAAGAAGGUGAGGUGCACAAGGAGGAGAAGCCAAGGUCAGGAUUCUCCACUUCAUCCCACCCAUCCACUGCUGCGCUCGACCCCUCACUCCCGCGCUACAAAAACUACUGCACCAAGAUCAGGGAGCAACUUGCCCCCAGCAAGACCCCUGCUGAGCUGGCUUCCAUCCGGCGGCGGGAGCAGCCGGCGAGAGAGGCAGUAGUGGGGAAGAGUCCAGGGGUCAACAGUUGUUUCAUCAGAAGCUCCUAUGAAUCUCUGGUCAGUUCUGCAUCCAGUUGGCCACGAGGUGGCGAUAUCCUUGGACUUACAGUAGAAACACUCAAAGGUGACAAGCCAUUGCAAGCGCUCGAUGCCGCAGCCGUCAUAGUGCCCCCAACUGAUCGACUUCCCGGAUCCAGCAUCAAGCCCAUCCUGCCACCCAUCCCACCUGGACGCAAGACCCCUCAAGCGAACAGCCCGAUGCCGUCGCCCAGCCGCUUGCACGAUGCCAUCAGAGCGGAAGACGAGGCCAACAUGCAGGCGUAGUGUCAAGGUUUUUGAAGACAAUGUCUGUCAAUGGCUCUGCUCCAAAACAAACACUUCAUCUUGUCUUCUUGUCUUGUCCUUCUGCUUCUACUUGAACUUUCGUAAUUUUUGCUGCCUUUCCUUUAAACUCAUCAUUUUUGGUGCAUUUUUUAAACUUAUCAGUUUUGGUGAUUUUUUGAAAAGUUUUGUCAUUUUUGGUGCAUUUUUUUUUUCCUCGUAAUUUUUGGUAACAUUUUUUAAACUCGUAAUUUCUUGUGCCUUUAAAAAAAAAAAAAAACUCAUAAUUUUUGAUGACUUUUUAAAAGUUUUGUCAUUUUUGGUGCAUUUUUUUUACCUCACUUUUAUUUGUCAUUUUAGGUGCAUUUUUAAUUGGUCAUGGAAGACAAUGUAGCCUAUUUAAAAGUUACACAAAUGGGUGUGCGAACGCGUGUCGUAGUUAGUUCCUCGUAAAUAGGAAAGCACACCUGGCCAUCCAUCACUGUCUGUCUCGCUCUCAAGGCAGCAGAUGUUGCAGUGCCGUCAUAAUUCUUUGGCAGAUAUUGUCUGUCUGGGCCCCCCUGAGGUCUAACCUACUUAGGCUGCACUCUAAAAACUGACAUUGCGUCGGCCUGUGAAACAAUCCGUGACCUUUUUGUUCGUCGGAAAUGAUGAAUAACCAACCAUUCAAGUAAAACUUCUUUAAUGUGCUUCAAUGAAAAUCCAACAGUUGUACACACAAUGUUGUUUUCUUGCCAACAAAGCAACAAAAGGACAGAGGCAACUGGCAGGAACAUGCACACCAAGAAAAUGACUCUAAAAACAUCACUAUAAGGUUUUUUAUACUAUAGAAUGAAAUGCAUAUUGCAAUAAGAAAGAAAAUACAGUUGUACCUCUGUAUUUGUUAUCAACCCUUUCCAAAGCGACUGUUGAAAACCGAAUCGUAGGAAACAAUGUAAAUCCAACUAAUCUGCUCCAACACCAACAAAUAUUAACACAUUUUCACAGAGAAUAAUGAUGGUUUUAUAUACAGAAAAUAAUGUGAUAUACAUGUAAAUGAAAGGGGGUGCAUCAGACCAAUGUCAGCAAAAGUAAUGGAUAUGAGCUUGCAUGUAUAAUGUGUGAUGUAAGCUCUGAUACAAGCAGUCCUGCAGCAUGUUUACUUGUGCAAAGCGAGACAUUCAGUUAACAUCUAAAUGUACUCCAAUAAGCACACAGGUUAGUCUUUUCCUCUAUUUUAGUCAAGUCAUUGACAAAAAGUCAUCAUGGUUGGCUAUACAGUAGAGCAGUACUAUUCAGUAGUGUUUCUGACCUUCUUUAUCAUAUACUGGCACUUGCAAAUUUGUUGUCCCUGUGGUGGAUACGUUUGCAAUCAGACUCAGUAAAAACAAGUACAGAGACUGAGUCACUAACAUUUGUUUAAUCAUAUUUAGAAUUGAGACAGCGUAUAUGAAAACCUGAACAUUUUUGCCUAAAAAUCGAAUCACACAAAAAGCAAGGUUUGCUUCACUCUCCUGACAUUCGUUUCACAUAACACUGAUCAUGUUACUUGAUUGGGGAUUAGAGUUGGGGUUUUGAAGCGACAGUAUGCCAUAGUCAGCAACACACCGGUGAAGUAAUACAAAGUCUGCAGUCAUACAUUUGCAUCCACAUAGUUUGGGGACAAAUGUUUAUGCCUUUAAGCAGUUCUGAAUAUGCAGUUUUAUGUUAAACUUGUUAGAUAAACAUUUAUAACAGAUGAAAAAUUAUGGCGACGCUAAUUUUUGCCAGCCUGUCAAUGGGAUCGUUAGCAUUGAGCUAGCGGCAUAAGUGGCGACAAUUUUUUUUACUCUAUGGUUUCAUUUCUUAUUUUAACUCCUAUCAGGCCGAAUUUUAGAUUUUUCAUGCUUUUCCACUUUGUUGCACAGUAUAUAUUUAGUUUUACAGUAUUUUCAUUUGGAAUAUUAAACGACCCCGACUUGGACGUUUUUUUUUCUAAACGAACGGACUGUUUGCCUAUCUGUCUAUAACUAAAUACCAACAUUCAGAAAGAAGAGAAUAGGGGGUGUAUGAAAACAGAAGUACCAUAAAAUGUUCCACCACCGCUAUCUGCUGGAUGUUAAAGUUAAAGUUCCAAUGAUAGUCACACACACACUAGGUGUGGUGAAAUGUGUCCUCUGCAUUUGACCCAUCCCCACGUUCACCCCCUGGGAGGUGAGGGGAGCAGUGAGCAGCAGCGUGCGCCACGCCCUGGAGUGAUUUAACCCCCAAUUCCAACCCUUGAUGCUGAGUGCCAAGCAGGGAGGUAAUUGGUCCCAUUUUUUGACUGGGCCGGGGUUUGAACUCACAACCUCCCAGUCUCAGGGCGGACACUCUAACCACAAGGUCACUGAGCUGGUGGCACUGCAAAAUCAAAUUGGCAAAAUCCCCCUUAUUUAUAUCACAACUGCAGAGCAUCAUAAGCUUAUAGCAUGUUAUAUUCUGUCAUAGGAUGAUGAUGUGUAACACGAUACAGGGGUAGUUUUUUUUUUUGCUGUGUUUUUCCCAUUUUAAAGGGUCUCAUAAACGAGUGGGGCGCUUACGAGCCCAUAAAUGAACUAUCACCUCACAGGUGCAGCUGUGAAGCCGUGGUCUCACCUGCGUUGCUAUGUGUGUGUUACUGUAUUGUGUCGUUGGUCAAGCCUGCAGCUGCAAUACGCUGCACACCUCACUGCAGACAAAUAUUUGUACCAAUAGUUCACGGCGGCGUCACAGCGAAGGCCAAAGCAGAACGGUUGCUGCAUGAUGCGGCGCAAUGCUUCGUCGCCAUAGCAACGACUCUCCUCCUCGCGUGCUCGCGGACGCAUAACUCGCCGCCGCCUCUUCCCUGCGGACACAUCCAUUCGCCGCCAGAUUCAUUGGCUGUCGACUUGCUUGAAACAAAAAGUUUCUGUUUUAAUUAGUUUGCUGCAGUGUGUCGCCGCGUCAUCCAUCUAUCUGCCUCGCCCCCCCCCCCCCCCCCCCCACCCACCCUACUUCCUCCGUCCUCUAUCGCCUCCUACACGCACCCGCUAGCUCUCCAGUGUAAUUAAAGCCAGCUAGUGCGGAUAAUAGAACUGUAAUGGCGUAUAAUUGUGAUAAUCAAUACAUAGUGCAUACUAAGGGAGUCGGCCUUUAUACAUUUAGAGGAUGUUGCUGUUCCAUCCUUUCCUGCUGCCUCGUAAAACCGGUGUCAUCAACGACCUUGAUGACAUUUUGGUCAUUAAAAGGCAUUCAAGCCAUGGUUAGCCUGCACUUGCAGAACACUGCUUACCAUUUGCACUUUCCAAGGACAAAGUAGCUCACAGGUGUCAAACUCCAGGACCGGGGGCCUGAUCUGACCCUGAUCAUUUAUUUUGACCCACCAAAGACUGGAAAUAGCCUGUAUUAAUAAAGUACUCUAAUCUCUCUUACUAAAUGUAUCGGUUCUUUCUAUUUCUACUUUAAUAUCUAAUAAUGCAACAAAUCUUAUGUGCCACAAAUGUUUUAAGAUAAAAUAAGUGCUUAAUAAAUAUCUGCUUGACUUAUGAUUUCAAAGCAAGAUAUACAUAAAAUUGUGCUUAAAAAUAUAAUAAUCAAAUGCAUAGACAAAUGUCUAAUAAUAGCAUGAUGGAAUAAUACAUCUAUAUUCAUAUAUAAUCACUGUGAUGUGGCCCUCAAUGAAAAUGAGUUUGACACCCCUGAUAGUUGAUGUAUCCUUUAUCUCGCCUAAAAUUCACUUAGCAUUAUUAUCAUGUAACUCACUCCCUUCAUGUUUUUGGCAUUGUGGCAAUUUCCCCAAUUCAUACAAACUCAACCAAUCCUUGCAAAUCCCACCAACAUGUAACAAUAUGUCUACUCUUUAUUGAUCAAACGACACAAUUAUUGUCCUCCCGCGUAGCUCAGUCUUACCUUCGUUCCUGUGCCCUUGGGGUAAUGUUGUAUAUAAAUACUGAACACAAAUAUAAAUGCAACACUUUUCUUAUUGCUCCCAUUUUUCAUGAGUUGAACUGAAAGAUUUAAAACACUUACUAUAUACACAAAAGACCUAUUCCCCU